UAACUUGAUAAAGUAAUAAAGUUAAUUUCGCUGUUUGAAUAAAUCAGAUAGACUUUGUUUAGAAGAACGUUCGUGUGUCAUGGAUUACACAUAACAUAGUCAUGUUCAAACAUUUUGAUGUAAAUGAUAUCGGAAGGGAAAAAAUGAAGUGAUUCCGAUUUUGUGAUACCACGUUUCUAACACAGAAGUGUGCAUGAAGUAAGAACAAUAAAGUGGAACCACUGACUGACAAAGGACUUGAUCAUUUUUAUGUGCUUGUCACGCAGAGAAUUUUAUGCUGACGAUUGAAGUUACAGAUUCAAAUCCUAUGCCAUGGGGGCGGAUUCAAUGUAGUUCAAAGUGGGAAAGAUUAGUGAUAACAAUUAUUGCAGAUUGAUUCAUUUAUAUAUUCGUAGUGUGCAGUAAUAUGCAACUCGCGAACAAUUAAAUAGUUACAUCAGGUACAUCUCCGCGCACCAUUAAUUGUUACCACAAGAGAAAAUAUGAAUAAUGCAUUGCGAUAGACAAUGCACUGAUUUGAAAUUCUAGUACCUUUUGGGAAAUUUAUCAGGUAAAAGGAUUUUACCCUUGCAGUAUGAAUGAGAACAAUAUCUAACACUACAAUAAUGAGAAGAAAAAAUGGUGUUGAAAUGUGAUCAUCGUUUAAGAAAUAUGAAUACUCGAGAAUGAAGGCGACUUUUUAAUUAAUAUAAGCUGAUCCUACAUAUUUCAAAAUAGUGUGUGGUGUAGCAAUGAAAUUGGCUUAGGCAAUAGUAAAUCUAUAGCUAUUAUAAGUGUGGAAUAUAACUCAAGGCUUUCAAAAAUGAAUCCGUUACAUGCAAAAGGGAGUAAAUACUCGUGUGGUAAAAUAUCUGUGAAAAUGAUUGUAUUGUCGUUUUUAGGACUUAUACUAUAUGUUGGUUGUAACCUGUUGUUAUCCACUUCAAAAAUGUCUGUUAUUGUUGACAUGUCCAUUAAAAUGCGGAGUAAUGUUGUCGAUGUUCUCAACAGUAUUGCUGACCUCUCUUCCGCUCACUCUAUAAAUGGAACUAUCGCUUUAAAAUCUUUCCCCAGGUACGAAAAUGAAAGAGACCAGAAAGAACAAUCAGUUUAUUUUCAAUUUACAGACGACAAAACAAAAUCAUUUUUUGCUAAUUCUUCGACUGAUACUAAGCUUCGCCGUAAUGGAUUACAAGCAGGUAAUGGAAAAGAAAACGAUGUUAGAAACGACCUUGUCAACGAACAUUCUAGACUACCCAGCAAAUCCCAGCAGACGACACUUACCAAGCACAGUAUAGAUGCCAUUCAUUUUCUUAACAAAACAUAUCAAAAACAGGAAGGUUCUAGUUUAGUAAAAGAAGAAGUAGUGGACAAUUCUACAGUAAAGAAAGAAAUUGUUGAUAAAUUCGGUAACAGUGUGAAUACGAAUGUGAACAGACGACAAUAUAAUUGUAGCUCGUGUUUUCUUCACAACUUUAAUUACGUGAUACAAAACGAAAGAAUAUGUGAACAGUACUCGCCUAAUCAAACUAUAGAUUUAAUUGUACUUAUAAUGACCACACAUAAAAACAUUAGAGCAAGAACAGCAUUACGUUCUACGUGGUUGUCCCAUACUAAAAACAAUACGGCCAAUGUCAGAUAUGCAUUUCUGUUAGGUGAAACAAGUGAUUAUAGAUACAAGGAAUCGGUGUUGCAAGAGAACAGUGUCUAUCAUGAUAUUAUCAAGGAGGACUUCGUUGAUACUUACAUGAAUUUAACUUAUAAAACUAUUAUGGGAUUUAAGUGGGCAGCGACAAAGUGUAUGCAUGCAAGUUACGUUAUGAAAACAGACGACGACAUGUUCGUCAAUAUUCCAAAUGUUCUAAAGAUUUUCAAGGGUCCUAAUAUUGAAAUCUUGCAGACGACAGUUGUUGGCGCAUGUAACGCGAAAGCAAGACCUAUACGGAACAGAAAAUCUAAGUGGUUUGCCUCGGAGGACAGUUACCCAGAGAAAUUUUACCCUGGAUUUUGUUCCGGAACGGGUUACGUGACGAGCAUGCAUGUAGCGAAUGAAGUGUAUAAAAUCUCCCCUAGUGUUCCUUUCUUCCACCUAGAGGAUGUAUAUGUGUCACUCUGUAUAAAGGUGUUAGGCUUCAAACUUCAGGCCAUGCCAGGAUUUAAUGCAGGUCGACCAAAAAUGGACCCAUGUCUCUAUAAGGGAGAAAAAUUGAUCACGGCACAUCAGUUGACACCGGUAAUGUUGCAGCUGGUGUGGUUCAGACAGUGCCCAAAAAACCUUAUUUAGCAGUCGAUUUUAAAUGAGGGUUGAUCAUAAAGUAAUGUCACGGGGUGUUACGAAAGCGUGUAAAAUGAAAAAGGAAUCAAGGAAAAUUCUUACUAAAAUACAGUAUCAAUUUUCAACACAUUUUGAAAGUGUCAUGAAAGUUGAUUGUUAACUUCUUGACAAAACAACAUUAAUCAUCACCUCAGUGCAAAAAGUGGACAACUCCAAUGACUUAUAGAAGGACUUAAUUCAUUUUUGUGCUAAGGUGACGAUUUGUGGAAAGCAUUGAAAGAGCGAAUGCUGAACGUCACUGACGUUGUUGACGUCAGAAAUCGACAUUCAUUCACUAAGUAGUAAUACAGUAACAAACCUUUACUUAAAACCCUAUACUGAUGUUACCAAAAUUUUAACGACAGGAAACAGAAAGACCUUACAUUAAAUCAUUAUAACAUAAUGUGAGUAUUAAAAUGAUAAAACAAGCAUUGUUUACAGUGCGGCGAAAUAGCGUCCGUGGUAUACUUUGAAUUUAUAAUGAAUCCUAAAAUAUUUACCUGAAUAAUCAGAACUAAAUUACCGCACAACUUGAUACAAUAUUUAUAAUUAUAUGAAUUAAUUAAGAAAUAAUAAAUAUGUACCUAUAUUUUAUCAGUUAAUAAAAUAUGGGCAGGAGUUCGGAUGCGUAAUAAUUAAAUCACGAGUGCGUAGCACGAGUGAUUUAAUAUUCGCAUCCGAACGACUGCCCAUAUUUUAUUAACUGAUAAAAUUAUUGGAACAUAUUUAUUAUUUCGAUUCUAACCACGUAAAUUCUUCGCAUUUUACAGCACUACAUUUUAGCGCGAUUGUCAUUCGGCUGGCCAUAUGCUAUUAUAAAAACCUCCCCACGAUUGGAAAGCGUUGCAUCAAACGGAAUUUUCCGAUAUUCAGUAAAUUUUAAUUAAAGUAUUAAGUAGUUAUUGCCGUGAAAAUGUUAUUUUCAAUAACAUCAAAGGUCGGAUAUAGAAAUCAGAGGUAAAUACUUAAUUCAAGGUUUAUAUAUGCAGUUUCUAAAAAUAGUACACGUCACCUACAUGAUGGCACUGAAACAUACACGCCAGAACAUUGCGGCGGCAUAUAAACACGUAAAAACUUGAGUCUGGAAGAUUGGAAAAUUAAUUAUAAUUUAUUUACUGUCAAAGUAGAAUCUAGUUGACAUUUGUGGUGCCUACAACGCAGAAAUUGUAAACUACACACACGACCAGACAUAGAUGCACUGGUGUUGAAGUUGAAACUUACCGGGCUGAAACAUAUUCUUACGGUAAAAUAUAAACAAAUAAAUUCAUCAGUUAGAUAUUGUUUGUUUCAGAAAAUUUGAUGUACUUUUUAUUACUACUACAUAACACUGAAAAAGUCGAGUAUUUAGUCGGUAUAUAACGGAAGCAGAGUAGAAUCUCAGUCGUGUUACAAUCGUAGGGCGGAAUGGAAGAGCUAUACUUUAUCGUAGAUUCAUGUAUAGGCGAUUUCGCUAUAUGUUUAUAUAGCAACUGCUGCGGAUCGUGUUAGAAUAUGCAAUAGACUCUGUAAUAUUACUUCUGGAUCAAUCCUCGUGCAUGUCAUAUCAGGUCAAUAACAAUUAAAGCAUUAUACAUGUGUGUUGAAUUUAGAUUUAGAAUUUAAAGACGCGCCACAGAAUAACUGUAUUCUUUUUAUUUUCAUGAUGGUAAUUAUUCGUGAUUUGCAUGCAAAAAUUGAGAAAUACAAGUAUUUAGUUACAAAUUGACAGUGAUAUAUAUAUUACGCGAAGACAAUGUGUUUAAUGUGUUGAUAUAUUAUUGAAUGGAUGAAGCAUUAUGCAAGGUAUUUGAUGUAUUAAGCUGAUUUUAGACCACACUUUGUUUCUAUUGGGUAAGAUAGUUAUUUAUCUGUGUCACUGAAAGUAUAUUGACUUAAUACGUUUGCAGAAUUAUUAAUUCAAGAAGGGCAUAAAUCCUGUUACCCAGCAAAAAAUGACUAAAUACAAAUGUUUAAUAUAUAUUUUAUUUAAUUAAAGAUUGGCACAAAAUUGUCAUGACUGGAUUAAGAUUACUAGUAAAUAUAUAGCUUAAUAAAUGCAGUUGAGUAAAAACUUGAAUUGAAAUUAUUCAAUAUGAAUCGACGUUGUUUCUUGCCCCGUCCACGAUCGCAAGAGUUUUAUGAUAUUAAAAACGCUGAAACACAACUUUAUCCCGACACCGGCGACAAAUGUUUAAAACAGUCUUUUUGUAUUUGUGCUUUGUUCGUCAUUAGGAUUCAAAGCAUCUGGUUGUAAACCCAAAUGUUUCAGCUCUCUCCAGUCACGACGAUGGGUGAUAUCCUGCAAAUAUAAAACAAACACGAGAAAAACGGGCAGGGUUGGGAGGGAAGUUUUUAAACUAAAAUUUUUGUUUAAAGUAUCAAUGACUCUACCUCGUUCAGUGGACUCAGAAUCGAAAAGACUGGAAUCUGGCGAGACGGGCGUUUAUAUACCUGACCCAGAAUUCCCUGGUCACGUGAGGGUAUGGUGUACAAGGGGAGUCAUUUUUGCCGAGUAAAGAGUUUAACCUUAAUUCGGUUAAACUGAAUAUUAUAUAGCUGUAUUAUACCAGUAUUGUCAGAACGAUUUUCACAAUGUUCAUAUGGGAGAAAAAAGUAGGUCACUAGGUUGUUGUAGGUCUUUAGGCGGACAAACCCUUCUACGGUGCAUGUUACGCAUAUAUGUUCUAUAAAAUAUGAGCCGUGCCGUGAGAAAACCAACAUAGUGCGUUUGCGACCAGCAUGGAUCCAGACCAGCCUGCGCAUCCGCACAGUCUGGUCAGGAUCCAUGCUGUUCGCUAACGGUUUCUCUAAUUACAAUAGGCUUUGAAAGCGAACAACAUGGAUCCUGACCAGACUGCGCGGAUGCGCAGGCUGGUCUGGAUCCAUGCUGGUCGCAAACGCACUGUGUUGGUUUUCUCAUGGCGCGGCUCAUAUGUGUAUGGCUUUAGAAUGAUUGUUUGCAUUUCAUUCUUAGAACUUUGUUAAAGUCAGGUACAAAUCUCUCAGUCUUAUAAGUUAUAUUUGAUGAUAACUAUGAUAUGACUUUGUAGUUCUAUAGCAGAAAGGAAAUCUAUAUAUUUAAUGGUAAAAUUAUAAAUUAUUCGAUAUGCGAAAAUGUUUAAAAUUUUAUGAUGUCAUGUUCAUAUUUUUUUUAUUUUGAUAGUUAAGUUAUUACAUGUUCAUAUCAAUAGAAGUGACAGAAUUGCUGUUGGGUAAUGCGGAACCAGUAUGCAGACUUUUUUGUACCACAAAGUGCCUAUCUAAACAUUUACACAUUAUACAUGUUAUACUGAGUCAUAUAACGUGAUAAAUGUAAAUUGUCAAUAAAGAGGUUUGUACGUUUAAUAAAAUCCCUAGCGUCUGUUCAUAAUCUGUUUGAUAAAAAUCGUGCUGUUCCUCUUAUUUAAUCUACUCGUUAGAAAUUUCAUAAAUUGGUUUUACAAGUACAUUUUGAACAUGCACGGCUAAAUUCUGUAAAUUACUCGCAAUUAUUAUUAGGCCAUACCAAAUUGAUUAAUAGUUCUUCGGAAAAUUUUCAAAAAAAAAAUGGGAGCGGGCGAGCAAAUGUUUUUUUUUCUCAAUUUUGAUUUUUUCAGAGGCGGGUAGAUUUUACAUGGAGCGAGCGGGUAUUUUUUCCCCCCAGCUUCGACCCUAGAGGAGGCGGUUAUGAUUAUACAUGAAGUUAACAUUUAACACAGAAAUCAAACAUUUACAGUGUGACUAACACAGUAGAUAGCUUUUCUAUAUGUUUUAAAGACAACAUGAAUGAUUUUGCAAAUAAAUUCUUGCCAAAACUCA